GGGCUCGACAAUGAUUUAGGUUUAGCCAGACCGUUUUUCUUGUCAUCUAACCGUAUCUUAGUGGCCCGUACUUUAGAGAUUACUUCAAGAACCCCUCCAAGGCGGAAGUCGGUACUAUGGUUGCUAUUCUCGAGAUUGGCGCCUUAGUCUCGUCUCUAAUUGUCGGGAGGGUUGGUGAUAUCAUCGGUCGAAGACGGACAAUUCUCUAUGGGUCAAUCAUCUUCUUCGUCGGUGGUGCCUUACAGAGCUUCGCUGCCAACAUGCCUAUGAUGAUGUUAGGUAGAAUUAUCGCCGGUCUUGGUGUUGGCUCCUUGUCCACCAUUGUUCCCGUCUAUCAAUCCGAGAUUUCCCCUCCCCAUAACAGAGGUAAACUGGCCUGUAUCGAGUUCUCGGGUAACAUUAUUGGUUACACGACAUCCGUCUGGGUUGAUUACUUCUGCGGUUUUAUCGAGAGCGACUUAUCGUGGCGUGUUCCUCUACUGAUGCAAUGCGUAAUGGGAGCCCUCCUAGGUCUAGGUAGUCUGGUCAUUGUAGAAUCCCCAAGGUGGUUACUGGACAAUGACCACGACGAAGAAGGCAUUGUUGUCAUUGCUAAUCUAUAUGGUGGCGGCGACAUCCACAACGCAAAGGCAAGAGAAGAAUACCGCGAGAUCAAGAUGAAUGUCCUACUCCAACGCAUGGAGGGCGAACGAACUUAUAGCGAAAUGUUCCGACGCUACAAGACUCGAGUCUUCAUUGCUAUGUCUGCGCAAGCUCUGGCCCAACUAAACGGAAUCAACGUCAUCUCCUACUACGCCCCGUACGUUUUCGAGUCUGCCGGCUGGAUUGGCCACGAGGCGGUCAAGAUGACCGGUAUCAAUGGUAUAACAUACUUGCUCUCAACUAUCCCACCAUGGUAUGUGGUUGAUCGAUGGGGCCGCCGAGUCAUUCUCUUAACCGGUGCCGUCGCUAUGGCAAUAUCCCUAUCUAUGGUAUCAUACUUCAUCUACUUAGAUAUCAAGUCUACGCCGACAUUGGUAGUCGUGUUCGUUAUGAUCUACAACGCUGCGUUCGGUUAUUCAUGGGGACCUAUCCCUUGGCUCUACCCACCCGAGAUCUUGCCGUUGAGCAUUAGAUCCAAGGGAGCAAGUUUGUCAACCGCUUCUAACUGGGCUUUCAACUGGCUUGUUGGCGAGAUGACCCCUAUUCUCCAGGAGUGGAUUAAGUGGCGACUGUAUUUGGUACACGCAUUCUUCUGCGUUGUCAGUUUUGUUGUUGUGUAUUUCAUAUACCCCGAGACUUGCGGUGUACGAUUAGAAGACAUGGACUCGCUCUUUGGAGAUGCAAGCACUGCAGUAGGGACUCCUGGAGUAAGGUCUGAAACGGGCUCUCUAGUUAGAGCUGGAUCGCCCGUCCCGUCCCUCGACCUACGUGGACGACCUCUAGGCUCGGACGCCAACAUUCCCCCAAUGGAUAUUGACCCACCUGUGCUUAAUAUUGUUGACGGGAAGCCGCAGCUAAGGUCUGAAAGUCAAAGUUCGCGAGGCCGGGUAGGCGAAUGGCUGACGAGAAUGGUUGGGCAAAAUCGGGGGUCGAGCAGUAGCCCAGCCGCCGGAGGCAGAUAUGCGCCAUUGGACCAGCGAGAUGACUAAAUUCAAGAAAGAUGUGGCAUUAAAUUGGUUAAGGGAGACUACUAGACUCUGAUUCAUAUAGACGGCGCUACGGCGCGGCGGGGAUUUCAACGGCCACGGCGGCCCGCAUUCUAACAUUACUGUACAAUGUUUUGCA